CACAUUUUCAACACAAAACCGAUCAUAUCAAAUCAUAUCCAAUUUUUUCAACGAAGAGAAUUGGAUCUCCGAUUCACAGACGCCACAUUAGACCACCAAUUCCCUCCUCUCACCUAUAAAAACCACUGCAAAUUCCACAGAUUUGUGAAUCUGCGAGUUUUGAUUUCUUAGGAUCUGAAUUUUGGAUAGAGAGAUGGGGAGUUUAGGGACGAUGUUGAAGCAUCCAGAUGAUGUGUAUGCUCUAUUGAAGCUGAAGAUGGCGGCGAAGCAAGCGGAGAAGCAGAUCCCGCCGCAGCCUCACUGGGCCUUCUGCUACACUAUGCUCCUUAAAGUCUCUCGGAGCUUCGCUCUCGUCAUUCAACAGCUCGGUCCCCAGCUCCGCGACGCUGUGUGCAUAUUUUAUUUGGUUCUUCGAGCCCUCGAUACUGUUGAGGAUGACACUAGCAUACCUACAGAUGUGAAAGUGCCUAUCCUCAAAGCUUUUCAUCAGCACAUAUAUGAGCAAGAUUGGCACUUUUCAUGUGGCACAAAAGAGUACAAGGUGCUCAUGGACCAGUUUCAUCAUGUUUCAACUGCUUUUCUGGAGCUUGGAAAAGGUUAUCAGGAGGCCAUUGAAGAAAUAACACAGCGAAUGGGCGCAGGAAUGGCAAAAUUUAUAUGCAAGGAGGUGGAAUCCAUCGAUGACUAUGAUGAAUAUUGCCACUAUGUAGCAGGACUCGUAGGGCUAGGUCUUUCCAAGCUUUUUCAUGCCUCUGGAUCUGAAGAUUUGGCUUCAGAUUCUCUCUCGAAUUCCAUGGGAUUAUUUCUUCAGAAAACAAACAUCAUUCGUGAUUAUUUGGAGGAUAUAAACGAGAUACCUAAGUCCCGCAUGUUUUGGCCUCGCGAGAUCUGGAGUAAAUAUGUUAACAAACUUGAGGACUUGAAAUAUGAGGAGAAUUCAGUCAAGGCAGUGCAAUGCUUGAAUGACAUGGUAACUAAUGCCUUGAUCCAUGUUGAGGAUUGCUUAAAGUACAUGUCCGCGCUGCGAGAACCAGGCAUAUUUCGAUUUUGCGCCAUCCCUCAGAUUAUGGCAAUUGGAACGCUGGCACUGUGCUACAACAACAUUGAAGUCUUCAGAGGCGUAGUGAAGAUGAGGCGUGGUCUCACUGCAAAAGUCAUUGACCAAACAAGGACAAUGUCUGAUGUGUAUGGUGCUUUCUUUGACUUUUCCUCAAUGCUGACGUCCAAGGUUGACAAGAAUGAUCCUAAUGCAGUAAAAACACUGAGCAGGCUGGAAGCAAUACAGAAAACUUGCAGGGACUCGGGUGUCCUAAAUAAGAGGAAAACUUACGUACUUGAUAACGGGUCAAAAUAUGCCCCUCUUUUGUUGGUCAUCCUUUUUAUUGUAUUUGGCAUCUUUAUCGCCAAUAUGUCCCCUGGCUGGCCAAAUAAGUAGGGACGUCGGCCACUGAGUUUCUUGUAACAUGGAUGCCGGACGAGAAUGGCCAAUGCCAAUCCUUUAUCAAUGGACAUCCUUAUCUUCUGCUUGAGUAUAUAGUUUUGCAAUGGAUAUGGUUGACUGUAUAUUCAACAUAUUUUAUGGAAACUAUUGAUUGUAAAACCGACAUGAAAUGUAUCUUUGCGAGGACCUAAGUGUGCUUAGUCAACUUUUCUUAUUGGCCGAACAGAUUCUAUCAGCAGCAGACAUAAGUGACCUCUGGUUUGGUUCUUAGUCUAGCUGUGAUCAUAUAAUAAGCAUAAUGCCUAUUUAAAUUCUUGUAAAGCAAUUUAGAACUGUUCCUUGCUUUCGUAUGAUGUGUUAAUCAAUACAUGAUCUGCCAUUGAUCUGC